AUGAAGCUCUUCGCAGUGAUCUAUUUCGGCGCAGGCUUCGCCUUAUCCGCCCCGCUGAUCUCAGAGCGGCAGGCCAACUCCUGUUUUCUCGUCGGCAACCAGGUUCUCCCCAAAGAAGUCGCUGAUAUUGUAACCAACCUGCAAGAGCGCAUCACCUGCGACAACUCCCGGACCACCCUCUCAGGCGUACCAGACGUCUUCUCGGGCGGUGUAUCGUUCUCGUCGGUCAACUUCGCCUCGUCCGCCCAAACGCCGCUGCAGUUCGCUCUCGACAAGUUUGCGACGCCCACGCCGCUGCGCAACGCCGACCUCGCCACCUUCCAGAAACAACUCGACGUCUACCUCGCAACCGAGGCCGGUAUCCGCUCGGUCGGUGGGAACCUUGGCAUCAAGGUGCCCAAAUUCUUCCUGCAGUUCCAGGUCUCGCGAAUUCAGACCGCGCAGGGCAACCCGCCCACAGCGCCCGGUGCCCAGGUCGAUCAUCUCCUGCAGAAGGUGCUGAAGAAUGCACCGAGAGAGAGCAAGCAGUUGCGGGAUCAGGUGACAGCAUUGGCAAAAACUUUGGCAUGA